UACCCACCCAGCACCUCCUCCCCGCCACGCCCUUCGCAGCCCCUCCCUGGUGCCACUGGUGGCUUAGCCUAUACUCCCUCACCUUCCCAGACUCAGUGCCAUGCUAUGGGGAGUCUGAAACCAUGGGCCCGAUACCUGCUCCUGCUUAUGGCCCACCUGCUGGCCAUGGGCCUUGGGGCUGUGGUGCUUCAGGCCCUGGAGGGCCCUCCAGCUCGCCACCUCCAGGCCCAGGUCCAGGCUGAACUGGCUAGCUUCCAGGCAGAGCACAGGGCCUGCUUGCCACCUGAGGCCCUGGAGGAGCUGCUAGGUGCGGUCCUGAGAGCACAGGCCCAUGGAGUUUCCAGCCUGGGCAACGGCUCAGAGACAAGCAACUGGGAUCUGCCCUCAGCUCUGCUGUUCACUGCCAGCAUCCUCACCACCACCGGUUAUGGCCAUAUGGCCCCACUCUCCUCAGGUGGAAAGGCCUUCUGUGUGGUCUAUGCAGCCCUGGGGCUGCCAGCCUCUCUAGCACUUGUGGCUGCCCUGCGCCACUGCUUGCUGCCUGUGUUCAGUCGCCCAGGUAACUGGGUAGCCAUUCGUUGGCAGCUGGCACCAGCUCAGGCUGCUCUGCUACAGGCAGCAGGACUGGGCCUCCUGGUGGCCUGUGUCUUCAUGCUGCUGCCAGCACUGGUGCUGUGGGGUGUACAGGGUGACUGCAGCCUGCUAGAAGCCAUCUACUUCUGUUUCGGCUCACUCAGCACGAUCGGCCUAGGAGACUUGCUGCCUGCCCAUGGACGUGGCCUACACCCAGCCAUUUACCACCUUGGGCAGUUUGCACUUCUUGGUUACUUGCUCCUGGGGCUCCUGGCCAUGUUGUUAGCAGUAGAGACCUUCUCAGAGCUGCCUCAGGUCCGUGCCAUGGUGAAAUUCUUUGGGCCCAGUGGCUCUAGAACCGAUGAAGAUCAAGAUGGCAUCUUAGGCCAAGAUGAGCUGGCUCUGAGCACUGUGCCGCCUGACGCCCCAGUCUUGGGACAAACCACCCCAGCCUCAGUAUCAGAACAGACCCCAGCUUGAUGACCCAAGUCAGGCGACAGGAAUUCAGCUCGAUCGUGUUGGGGGACCUUGAGCGGGAGGCCCCAAGGUGUGCUUGAAGAACAUAGCAGGAAGGGGUUAUGGGAAUGAAGAUGUCAUGGGAUAAUGUUAAUUUUAAAAAUUAAAUGGGCUGCUUAGCAUGCA